GGUCCAUUUAUUCAAUAUUCAAUAUUCAAUAUUCAACGCCACUAACAACAAUUAUUCACCUGCAAUAGUCCAAGAUGUAUUCUCGCGACGAGACUGUUAACGCCAUCCUACGGCUCUAUCAGGAAGUUAUCCGCCACCCAUGUUUAAACGAUAGCACACUCGUUAUACCCCCUCCAAACGGUUGGCGUUCUGUUAAUAUUCAAGGAAAAACUAAAACUGUCCUUGAUCUACUCCGUAAUCUCCCAUAUCUCCGCCCAGAGAAGCCGUACGAACGACUCCUUAUUUACUGGGAAACGAUUCCUAUAUGUUAUACGGACGAACAAAGCUACCCUGAAAUCUACCCUCUCCCAGCUCACUGUGUUUACCUUGCUCGUAGCGUCGACCGAGAGGGCACGUCUUUGAUUCUCGACACUAACGAAGGUACCAUAACUGAGUUCUGUCACACCGGGUCCUACAUUACAGUGCCUGAAAAAGAAUACGAAGCGCUAUCUGAAGAAGAUAAAUGGAAAGCCCAUCGCACGUCGCCUAUCAAAUCUUUUUUAGACGCUUGGACGCGACGAUACGAGAAACUAGUAUGGAUGCUAAUACCAAACCCAAUUGGCCAGCCAACCACGGGGAGGUUCUAUAGCCGCGCUGAUACAAACGCUGAGCAAGAUGAACUGACCCUCGAAGAGCAAUUGAAGCCGUGGCAUCUUCAAGAUGACGCCAACCACUCGUAUUUUGAGAACGAGCUUGAUAGGGCCCAGUACGAAGCGCAGAAAAGUAUGAGAAAGCAUGUAGCAGAUGUGUAUAAUACGUAUCUUCGCUACGGAUGGCCUGAUCACUUUGACAAAGAUCGGUGUCGUGGCGAAUUGCUACAAUUGGAGGAGUCGAAAGACGCGGAAGACAGACAAAAAAUGGACGAAAUAAAUCCAGAUGCACAACUUUUUGAUUGAAGGAUCAUAGCUUAGGCUUGGGAAUUCGUAAAGCUAACUGCCUCAUUACAGGAAGCAGAUGUACACGGAACAAAAAUCUCCUUAUAUUAGGUAAACUUUAUAUAACUCCAUUAGCUAGGAAA